AUGGCCGACGCACCCUCGCCCACAGUACCAGGCUCACUGGCUCAUGGCUUGACGACUACGUCAAUGUGCUCGAGCCCUCGAACUCUGCUUCUGCAGCUCGGCCCCGCGGGGCUUUUGACUGAUAAGUCGGCGGAUCCGAUCGCUGCCCUGCGGACUGCGGAGAGCACUCGAAAUGGCUCUGCGCACAGGUACGUAUUUUCCUACUGGCGGAGGGCGACAAGGAUGUCGCGGGAGGGCGCAGGGACGAUGGACACUGACGAUGAUGCGCGAAGGAUAGGCCCAAGCAGAUCGACAUGGGUCAACGACCUGAAGAAACAGCUCCACCGAUGGGCGACAUGGAUGCCAGGAAGGGCAGGUCAUCAGCCUUAA